AUGGCAGACGUUGCUGCAGUAGUAGAAGAAGAGCGCCUUGAUGUUCUGACCAAAACUGAAAGCACACAAGAAUUGCUUCUUCAACGCCGUGCCGAUUGUAAGGAUUCAUGGCCUGGCCAAUGGGAUGUCUCAAGCGCUGGCCAUAUUUCUGCUGGUGAUUCUUCACUUGUAUCCGCUCAGCGAGAGCUUCAGGAAGAGCUAGGGAUUAGCCUCCCGAAAGACGCUUUUGAACCUAUUUUUACUUUUCUUCAAGAGUGUGUUAUAAAUGAUGGGAAACUCACCUAUAACGAGUUUUAUGAUGUUUAUCUUGUGACAACUGUAGAUCCAAUUCCUCUUGAGGCAUUUACUCUUCAGGCAAGGAAAAUUGAAACAGAAGUAUCUGCUGUUAAUUACAUUUCGUAUGAGGAAUACAGAAGCUUCCUUGCCAAAGAAGAUCCUGAUUAUGUGCCCUAUGAUGUAAACGAACACUAUGGUCAACUCUUCAACGUCAUUAGGCAAAGGUACACAGUAAACACUGUAGCACGCAGUUUGAGUCUACAAAAGCAACUCUGUCGAUAUGCUCCCGUUUCUCUGAAUGCUGAGUUGACAGGUCUAUCAGAUGCAGACAUUAAGGCUCUUGGUUUACUUAUCAAGGCUGCAAAAUUUAUGGAUGAAAUCUUCUCCCUUCAGGUUUGGUACAGUAAUCCAGCUCUCAGAGAUUGGUUGAAGGAGCAUGCUGGUGCAUCAGAAUUAGACAAACUAAAAUGGAUGUAUUAUUUGAUUAAUAAGAGCCCAUGGUCCUGUCUUGAUGAAAAUGAGGCAUUUUUAACGACCACAGAUUCAGCAAUCAAGUUGCUUCCUCAAGCAACAAAGGCAGUCAGUGGAUGGAAGGGUCUGGAAUAUAAAGCAGCAUUUCCCAUUCUAAAACCACCUGGUGCAAAUUUUUAUCCUCCAGAUAUGGACAAAAUGGAAUUUGAAUUGUGGGCAGACAGUUUGCCAGAGAAUCAACAAAAUGAUGCAACAAGUUUUUUCACUGUCAUCAAAAGACACAGUGAAUUGAGUUUGGACUCUUCUUUACCUAGUCACGUGGUUCAUGGUACAAAUUAUUUAGCAGGUACUCUUGAUCUAUAUAGUGUUCCUUACUCAAAGGAGUAUAACUCCUAUCUUUCAAAAGCUGCGGAACUAUUGCAUGAAGCUGGGGACUUGGCUGGCUCACCUAGUUUGAAGAGGUUACUGCACAGCAAGGCUGACUCAUUCCUCUCAAAUGACUAUUAUGAAUCUGAUAUAGCCUGGAUGGAAUUGGAAGAGGGUGGAAUUAGGAAAGGAGCAAGAGAGGCACUUGGAAGUCUACUGAGGUCGUCUUUCUCCAUGUCUACCAAGGACUCUAAGCUGGAUGUUACCAUUGGUCCAUAUGAGACGUAUGAGGAUACAAUUUUCGGGUACAAGGCGACAUUUGAAGCAUUCAUUGGUGUCCGUGAUGACAAAGCAACAGCUCAACUUAAACUCUUUGGUGAUAAUUUGCAGUUUUUGGAGCAAAAUCUUCCAAUGGACAACACAUACAAAUCAAAACAUGUCAAUGCCGCUCCCAUUCGGGUCAUCCAGCUUGUUUAUAACGCAGGGGAUGUAAAGGGUCCUCAGACUGUUGCUUUCAAUUUACCAAAUGAUGAACGUAUAGUAAAAGAUCGAGGAACUUCAAUGGUCAUGCUUAAGAAUGUUUCAGAGGCAAAAGUGCCAACUGCUCGUGUUGGUGAGUUAGAGUUUUUUCUCCUUAACGAAAAGGUGGCUUGUUUAAUUUUGAAAAGAAGAGAUGUAUCUUCCAUUGUCGAGAUGUACCUGAAGAGUAGUCUAUUAGGCCUUGACAUUGUAGGUGGUGGCCUUGUUGAAAGUUCCUUUGAUCUUUCUAUGUUCUCAGAUAUAGGUGAGCUGCAAGAACUCCACUCAGCUUUGGAAGAAGCUAAAGCUGAUAUAGUUGGCCUUUGGGCCCUUAAGUUCUUAAUCAGCCAGGAUUUGCUUCCAAAGAGCCUGGAAAAAUCUAUGUAUGUUUCAUUCCUCGCGGGAUGCUUCCGCUCAGUUCGUUUUGGUUUAGAGGAAGCUCAUGGGAAAGGACAAGCACUGCAGUUUAACUGGUUAUUUGAGAAAGAAGCCUUCAUUUUGCAUUCCGAUGAGACAUUUUCUGUUGAUUUUGCCAAGGUUGAAGAGGCAGUUGAAAGCUUGAGUAGAGCGAUACUUACCAUACAGGCAAAAGGUGACAAGGGGGCUGCAAAUCUGCUGCUUCAGAAAUACUGUAAAAUGACACUGCCAUUAAAACACGCACUGGAAAAAUUAGAGAGUGUUCAGGUGCCUGUGGAUAUAGCUCCCCAGUUUUCCGUUGUUAAUGAAAUAGCAAAGCAAAGUUAG